UGCCCGUCAAGUUUCAACACUAAGGGGUGAGAUACAGUUGAGAUCGUUCUACAUCGGCCGCUGGCAUACUCUCAUUAGCAGAUACAUCGCAACGCGAAGGCACGGAACAGCGACGUACUCAACCACUUACUGGCACUACGCAGACAGACGGGCAUUCUUACUAGGACGCCGCCGCACAGCUUAAGGGGAGUUAGAUAAGUAUGUAUAAAGCGAAGGUUGACCUGGGUGCCGUGGCGUCCGGAUGGCGGUUUGGCGGGUGUCUUUGACAGACGUAUGAUGCUGGUACGAGCGCGACUAGCUGCAGGUCUGCUCGUCGCCUCACUAGUUCGAUAUACCUUUGCAGUGGGUAAUACGACGUGUGCCAGCAAUGCGCUCGAUUGGUAUACUGACGCGUCGGGGAAACACCAUGUUCGCAUGACAUAUCAGAGGCUACGGCAGAUCUGUAACAGCCAAUAUGAAGUACCAUCAAUGCCCUUCGCUUUACCUGGCGAUCUCUGCAAUGACCAGCUCGGUUUCUGCUGCUGUAACUCCAUCUCAUAUGCACUGAGCAUGCUCUGCUUCAACUGUCAGUGGCUUGCGAAUACCACUCAAGAUCCUCACGGCUGGGAUGCUGAUGAUCCGACAACGUUCUACCUCUAUCACUGGAGCAACCCGGGCGCGACUGGAGUAUAUUGCGGAGACGGGACGAAUCAGACGCUUCCGGCUAACAUUCAAAGUGCUGUCUGCAAUGAGAAUAUACGUCUGGAUGACUUCCUUUACACUGUAUUCUGGAACAGCGGGGACUGCAUGUACACGAAGGAAUAUGCCCAGCAACAACAGGCCACGAACAAGAGCCAGACGUUCACACACUGUCCUAAUAACUCCGAGACAUCGUCAUCCGUGCAAAUCACCGGAACCGCAACUCACAUCAGAACGCGCGCCACGACUCGGACAACGUCUUCCAGCACGACGCAGACCGUCCCACCAGGGAAGAGUUCUGACAUCGAUAUCGGGGCUGUCGUAGGGGGAACCGUUGGCGGUGUGGCAGCUGUAGCCGCGGUGGCGCUGAGCGCCGCAUUGCUGAUGAUGAGGAACAGGAGGCAUCGUUGCCCGAAGCCCAUUCUUGACCUCUCAGACACUGACGGCGACCCGCAGUCAACAGUGUCAGCCUAUCCGCUUGAGGCCCACACUGUUACCCCAUUCACCAUUCAAUCCGAUGGAGAUCGCGGAGACACACAUAAUGAGGGCGCUCCACCGACGAACGAGAAGUAUGCAUUGCUACGGCACGACGGACUUACAGCUGGCACCUCGAUCACGGGUUCAGACUUGCACAAAGACACAUCGUCUAGCAGUGGAACGUUGGGAACUCGCGUCGCAACCUCUGGUGUAUCAGCUGCAGUCAAGUCAGGCGCUGUCAGUGGACCACUCCCGAGUUUCACUACUAUGAUGGAGCAGGAUGCGGGAAGACUCGUGAUCGAUGAGACGCGGCUUCCCCCUGCCUACCGUCCGGAGUGGCAGGCUGAGCGCUUAAUGGUUUGAAGGCCGAUCUCUAACAUUCCUCAUACCGAGAUCUCAACGUAUCGGGGUUCCGGCGGCGGAUCAUCACUUCAUACUCCUUCGAUGACGAUUCUUGUUAUUUAAGUAUGUGGUUAUACUAAGGUAGUACAUGGGAUUUCAUAUAUACCCGCACACUUGACAAAGUACUCAGACACAGACAGCGAGGGAAUUACCUAUGGUCUGUCCUAACAUAAUGACGGACCCCGGAGCCUGGCCCCCCGAGUACCUAGUACAUGAGUUGCCUAAUUUGGACAGGUUGCGUUCGGUACGAUCGUGAUCUCGGGUGUGGCGGGUAAUGUCCGUGGCAUCAA